GAAAGAAGAUGUACCAAUGCUUCUCGAGGUGAUCAGGCAGACGUAGACGGACACAACACGGUUACACUGUAAGACAAGAGCAAGGGAUGGAACAGGUGGUAGAAUCCUUGCUACGAAAAUUUGUCCAGACUCAUCUCUCUGAGGAAGAUGGCGAGACAGAGAUAGAGGAUGUUCUUCUGACAUACGUGACUGGAAUUUUGGAUGGAAUUGCCAGUGGCGAACCUGAGGAUGAUUUCGACGUGGACGAGUUUGCAGACGUCAUGGCAGCGUACCUUCCAGGCUUCGACUCUAUCGAUAGGGCUCAAGUGUAUGAGUGGAUUUUCUCAGCUUGUAAUUCAAUGAAGGAGCCAUUAGCGGAAGCUUCGUGUGUUCCUGAACAAAGUGUACCAACAGAAACUGUACAACAUUCCAAGAAACCCAGUGAACAGUGUAGCGUUCAGAAGACUAACGAUGCGUGUGCCAGCAAGUCUCACAAGGAAGCUACGUGUUCGGAGGGCGAUGUUGGCACCGGAUUGGAUAGCCUUGCUCUCGGUGUUGAAUGCAAGCGGUUGAAGAAAAGAGAAAAGAAAACGAGAGGUGAUGCGUCCUCAGCGCAACCCACGAGUAGUAAGAGCUCACGGCCAAUGCAUGACAGUAGUAGUUCGCCUGUGGUGAUAUCUGCUUCAAUUGAUGAUGAGAACUGUAUCAUGCUACAAGAUAUGUUUCCAGAUAUCGGCUUGGAGACACUCCACCGGGCACUUCUUGAAGCAGACGGUGUCUUGGAGCAAGCCAUAGGUGCGCUACUGGAGCGGCAGUCAGAACAGGUGGAGCUAGUAGUGCCACGACGCACAUCAGACAGCUCCACCGCCUCUCCGCCAAACCAACCGUCCUCCCUGUCCAAGUCGCCCCCGGCGCGGGGCGGCGGCCUUGUUGCACCGGCGCGGGAGGACACGCAGGACGCGGCGAGAAUCAAGGACUUUGUCCUCGGCAAGUACAUGCACGUGGACGAGGCGGAGGAUGAGCGACAGCACCGGCCUCACCUGCAGGUUGCCGCCAAGAGCAAGCAGAAAACCAUGUACCGCGACAACCAUGUUGUCAGCACCAAGGGCGAGCGCUACUCCGUCAUCACGAAGAAAGACCAGGAGGACGAGCAUCUGAAAAAGACGUAUGUCAGCAUAAAGCCCCUCCGCAAGUACCGCUUCCAUUGAGACUCCAGAACAGUAUGCUCUCCGCUCCGCAAGUGCCGCUUCCAUUGAGAAACCAGGACAAUAUGAUGUCUGCACUACGAAUUGACCAUAAUCGUUCCAGAUCACUUUCACAUUCACUUCAACAUGUAGUUAUAUUCUCUGAGAACCAAGAAAUAAUUUAUUGCGUUGCAUCCCUAAAUACUUGACACGAAACAAGCAUGAUAGAACCAUUUGCCACUAAGAUGCAAACACGAAAAGAAAAAUACAUUUCUAGCCAAUUGUGCUUGUGUGACAAUGAUAAUGCUGUGUUGACCCGUCACUUUAAACUCAUGCUGUGUUGACCCGUCACUUUAAACUCUGUUUUACCAAUCCAUAUUAUCAUGCUUUUAUUAUAUUAUCGGCUAAUAACUUCAUGAAACUAGUCCCAUCUGUAGGAUAUACUGUCAAAGAUCAGAUUGUCAUUGUCCCUUAUUUUAUCUGCUCUUUUGCUUUGUUCAGGUGUCCUGUACCAGUAGUUGUUCUUGUUUAGCUCUCAAUUCUACCAACUCCUGCACGUGACUGUCCUCUCAUGCAAGUAUUGCAAGUAUUGUACUAUACUCA